AUGGCAGAAGGAGAGGGGAAUGGAAGGGGAAGUAGAUGGUCUCUCAAAGGAAUGACUGCUCUUGUCACUGGCGGAACACGAGGCAUAGGGCUUGCAAUAGUAGAAGAACUAGUAGCCUUUGGAGCUGCGGUCCACACUUGUUCUCGUAACGAGACACAGCUUGAUAAAUGCUUAAGAGAGUGGGAAAGCAAAGGUUUAAGAGUGACCGGAUCAGUAUGUGAUGUCUCAUGCCAAGCCCAAAGAGAGAAACUAAUUGAGAAAGUCUCAUCUACCUUUCAAGGAAAACUCGAUAUCUUUGUGAACAACGCCGCAGCAGUGGUAACCAAGGAUAGCACAAAAGUCACAGCAGAGGAUAUGGCAAGUACAUUGUGCACAAAUGUUGAGGCCUCUUAUCAUCUUUGUCAACUUGCACACCCUCUUUUAAAAGCAUCAGGAAAUGGAAGCAUUGUAUUUAUUUCAUCUGUUGCCGGAGUAGUAGCGUUACCUUCACUUUCCCUCUAUGGAGCAUCUAAAGGAGCGCUUAAUCAGAUUACCAAGGGCUUAGCAUGUGAGUGGGCAAAGGACAAAAUUCGUGCUAAUGCAGUGGCACCAUGGACCAUCAAAACUCCGCUUUUGGAUGCUAGUCUUGCUAGAGCUGGAAGUGAACAGCGAGCUGGUAUGAAUCGGCUACUCUCUCAAACUCCCAUCAGCCGCUUCGGAGAGCCUCAUGAGAUUUCAUCACUAGUGGCAUUUCUGUGCCUCCCUACUGCCUCAUACAUCACAGGCCAGAUUAUUUCGGUUGAUGGAGGAUAUACUGUCAAUGGUGGAUAUACUACUACUGGUUUUUAA